CGGGAGUUCACCCCCACCCCCGCCCAACCCCUUAGCUGUGAGGCACCGUGGCCUGUGUCGCGUAGGCGAGGUCCCCAUCCCCUCUGGGCUCUCAGUUUGCCGGCGUCGGUGGGGGGGGGAGUUUGGCAUCGCGUCGAGCACCGUUGAGCCGCAAAGUCGGAGGCUGUGGGAUCUCAAGCGUCGGCUUGGUUCGUCGUCUGCGUUAAGCAUCCUACUUGCUGAGCUGCUGGUAUGGAGAGGCCCAAACUGGAGCCGGUGCAUGGAGUCCCCAUGCUGGACUUCAUAGCGAGGGACUGGAGCCUGGUGGAGUCGUUUAAAGCCAGGCCCGGAGACCUCCUCAUAGCGACUUACCCCAAGGCGGGCACCACAUGGACCCAGGAGAUCGUGGAUCUGAUACUGAGCGGAGUGGACGUGGAGUACUGCAAACGCAGCCCUAUGUACGAGAGGAUCAUCUUCAUGGAGUGGACGGGCAUAAAUUUCGUGAUGCAUCGCAAAGGAGUGGAGGUGCUGAAUGACUUGCCGUCUCCGCGCACGAUUAAGACUCACCUGCCCUACCAGCUGGUGCCUUCCUCAUUUUGGGACAACGAUUGCAAGGUGAUCUACGUCGCACGUAAUGCCAAGGACAACGCUGUAUCCGCCUUUCACUUUAACCGAAUGAACAAGUUGCAUCCGGAGCCCGGCACCUGGGAGGAAUACCUGCAUCGUUUCAUAACCGGCAAUGUGUGCUGGGGCUCGUGGCAUGAUCACGUGACCGGGUGGUGGAACGUGAGGGAGCGGCACCGGAUUCUCUACCUCUUCUUCGAGGACAUGAUGGAAGACCCCAUGCGUGAGGUGUCCCGCAUCGCCCAAUUCCUGGAGCGGCCGCUGUCCGAGCAGCAGCUGCGUGAGGUGGUGAAGCUCACCUCCUUCCCCGUGAUGCGCGACAACCCCAUGACGAAUUACAGCACCUUGCCCACCGACUUCUUGGACCACUCCGUGUCGCCCUUCAUGCGCAAGGGAGAGGUGGGUGACUGGAGGAAUCACUUCUCUGCGGCUCAGCUGGAGGCCUUUGAGCAGCACUACAAAGAGAAAAUGGCCACCACUGACCUGUGCCUGAGGGACAGCCUGCCCUGAAGGCCCGCAUCUCUCCCUCUGCUCCUGCCUGUAUCAUUUGUCUUAUUUGGCUUUAAGUAAUGAUAAUAAUACAAAUUUAUUGUAAUAUAUAGCAUCGUUCAUGUUUAUUUCAUCCCACAACGCUGUAAAAUAAUAAUAUUCAUAAUCGCAUUUAGGGCUAAAUCCUAUUUAAACCAAUUAUUAAGUAAAGUAAAAAGGCUCAUGAAAUAUAUAAGUAAGGUUGCCGAUCUCUGAGUCAUGAACAAAAUCAGGACACGUCAUGGGGAAGAAGAAGGCAAUCUCACAAUUCCAAAAGAGGUGAGAAAUGCAAGUAAAUACCUUUUUUGAGCAGUGUAAUAUUAUUAAUAUUCCAUUGACUCACAAUAUAUUUGAUUACCGAUUAUCCGGCUUACAACAGCAUGUCAUGCAAGAAUGUGCAAAAAUUCGCUAUUUUAAAUAAUGAUUAGUAGUGAUUAUCCGGCUUUUUUUUUAUCCGGCGCCCCCUUCCCCCCAAGCUGCCGGAUAAUUGAUGGUUUACUGUACGUGACCUUUAACUUCCCUGGGAAGAAUUACAGAUUUCCUUGGACAGAUACCUCAACAAGAAGACGAUCUUGGCAAAGGCAGGACAGGUGGCAACUCUAGUUGUUAAAUGGACAAUCUGAAAUUUGAUCCAAUUGGGUUAUACGUUUACAUUUUUAUAUCGAUUUGAUUUUCUUUGAUUUGGUUCGUACCUGGUUUAAUCUGUGAUAGUUUCAGCUGGCUUUUUUCAUCUACUCUUGAUUCAUCUGGGUAUUAUCUAGACUUUGUUCAUUUGUAUCUGGCAUGGUUAUGUCUGAUACAUCUCGGACAACACAGAGAUUCAAUUAAUGUGGCUUCACACCACUCACUGGUCUAGCGUUCAUAGUCAGCAUAGCACGAGUUCACUAUCUGGUGGUGAAGCAUAAAAGCUGAUUGAGUGAAAAGUCAUCGCCUGGUGAUGUCAAAUUCAGUCACAAAAUAUGAAAACAUCUGAUAAGAAGAUUUAUUAGUAAUAAUCGGAUCACCAGAUUGCAACGUACAAAUCAUAUAAAUUUGUAAACGUGAUAAUCGCUAUCAAGUAGUGCGUGACUACAAAAAGUUGUGUUUUAAGUUUUAAUAAAUAUGUGCCACUAACCGCGAAAUUAGUGAUACAAA